CGGUCUUGAUCGUUUUAUGAAUGAAAAUUUAAUCAAUUCCAAAUGAAUUCGAUAUUACCGGGAAUAGCGCCUAUUCGUAAAUAAUGUUAUUUGCUUGCAUUUGUUACACAAAGUGAAAAAUAGAGAUUGUUCAACGAUUAUUAUUCAACUGUCGUAGCUGCUGGAAAGGCAAUUUUUUUAAUAAAUGUCAUCACGUGUCUCCGAAUAAACAGAUUCGACAUUUUAUUUUUUUUUUGUACAAAAAUAAAAAGUGUGACAAUUGUAUGAGGAUGAGUACAGAGGAGAUUUGUCGAUUAGACACUUGGAAAGGCGAUUGGGGAUUGCCAUCGAUUGACACUAAUUGUCUUUGGGUUUUGGCUUACGCAAGAUUCUGCGGCAUUAAUUUGAGGGAAAACCCUACAUCCGACCCAUUCAAAACACCAAAUGGCAGCUUACCAGUACUCCGUUCCUCCGGCAUCGUUCUCGAUUCUAUACAAAAAUGCAUCGAAUUUUUCCGCGAAAAAGGCAAUAGUCUGGAAUACAAUUUGACCCAGAAACAAUGUGCCGAAAUAAUGGCUUACGAUUACAUGCUCCAUGAAAAAUUAUAUCCGGCGCUCCAAUUUAUUUGGUGGAUAGACCAGAAAAAUUUCAAUGAACUGAUUAGACCGUGGUACGCCAAAGCGGUACCGUUUCCAUUCAAUUUCUGGUAUCCUGCCAGAUACGAAAAAGCUGCACACAAUUUGAUGGAGUCACUAUUUCCCAUGGAGGAUUCCACCAGUGCCAUAGAAACUAAGGUUUAUUCUGAAGCUCAAAAGUGCAUCACGCUUUUGUCAGUGAGAUUGGGGGAAUCAGAUUUCUUUUUUGGUUCACGGCCUACUUCGUUUGACGCGUUGGUUUAUGGAUAUUUGGCUCCACUGCUCAAAGCACCGCUGCCCAAUCCAGCUCUCCAGAAUCAUCUCAAGGCUUGCACGAAUCUAGUCAAAUUGAUUUCGAGAAUAUCACAAAGAUUCUUCGAGAGCGAGUAUCAGUCAUACGAAAGAAUGAAAGCUGAAGAAGAUCAGAAAAAAAUUAAAGAAAACAACGACACGGAAUUCCCAAACAAAAGAAGAAACCAAUUUCUCGCCGGAGUGUUCGCUUUUGUUGCAAUGAGUGGAUAUGCGAUAUCCCACGGAAUUAUUAAGGUGGUAAUGUAUUCAUUAAAACGCAGAAAGUUCGUUAGAAUCAUUGGGUGAUGAUAAAGGGGUGAGUAUCAAAUUGUGGAAACCAUGGAAAGACGUUUACCGGUUUUGAGAAGCAAAAUUUCACGCAUAUCCUGCAAACUAACCGAAAUCCCUUUCCUCUCUGGCGAUUGAAUUCGAAAAAAAUGGAUCACUGGAUAAUCGAUUUUGUUGAAAAAAAUGUUUAAGGAUCACUAAAAAUUCUUAUGAAAUUCUGGUGAUCCAUUCCAGAUGCCAUAUCGAAUGAAAUUCUUCAAGCGCGUCGAUGACAAGCCCAUGAGUUUCGAGCACAACUUCAGAACGUUGUGGACUCUUGAUAGCUUGCAUUCAAAUGUGAAAAAUUGGAAUUUCAAUGGGUAGAGUUUUUCAAACCCUAAAAAGAAAAAUAACAAAAUGUUCCUUCAAGUGAGGAAAAAAACGAAUGAAUAUACUGUUUCUGCAGAAUGUUACUUAAUGGAUAUGAGAAAAGAAAAAUUCACAACUUUUGUUAAAGGUAUCAUUAGGGGAUGAUGAAACAAUGGACCAUUCAGAGGAUUAUUUGUUCGUUGAACCAGACGAGGAUGAGUAGCACGAAAUAUUA